AUGGCAACAGUCUUACGGCCCAGCCUACGAGCAGGUCGGCGCGUACUUCAAACCCCUUCCAAACAACAACAACAAGCCCGCAAUGCAGCAAACGCCAGUGCUCAAAAACGGCAAGGAGACAUAUCCGAUGCCUUCGCGUCACUCUCGGGGAUACAGUUCACAGAGCUUGAUCCACGCUUUGCAGAUCUCAAAGCACAACUCAUAGCCGGUAAAGAAGAUGCACUCUACGAUUCCUGGAAUCGGCUGCUCGCUUCACUGCGCGAAGAGAUCCCGCUGAUCGCUCAAAGGGGGCCCGAUAUCGUGCCUCAGAUCGACUUUAAGGACAUCGACAAUGCCGGCGAGGAGUUCAAGGCGGAACACAGAAAGCGGGGUGUAGCUGUCAUCAGAAACGUGGUCCCGGAGCAAGAGGCGCUGAACAUGAAGACAGAGCUCAGAGCGUACCUGGAGGCAAAUCCACACACCAAAGCAUUCCCAGCCGAUAACCCACAGGUAUAUGAACUGUACUGGUCGCCGUCACAAAUCAACGCUCGGUCGCACCCAAAUUUGAUCAAAGCACAGCGCUUUCUGAUGGAGUUCUGGCAUUCGAAAGACCCAAGUGCCCUCAUCUCCUCGAGUCACCCUAUGAUCUAUGCCGACAGACUGAGAAUGCGCAUGCCCGGCGAUGCCCAGUUUGCAUUGGGGCCGCACGUGGACGGUGGAUCAUGCGAAAGGUGGGAGCCCGAUGGUUAUGGGAAAGGUAAGGUCUACGAAUCAAUCUGCAACGGCCAGUGGGAGUCUUACGACCCCUGGGAAUCAAGCUGUCGCCUGCCUGUAGUCAGCGACUUGUACAAUGGCGUGGGCGCCUGCAGUAUGUUCCGAAUGUUCCAAGGCUGGCUAUCUCUGAGCAACACUGGUCCAUUCGAAGGCACCUUACUUGUUAACCCAUUGCUGAGCCGCGCGACUGCGUACUUUCUCUUACGACCAUUCUUCUCGCCGAAGCAGCCAGCGCAAGACCCUACGGCAGAGACGUAUGAAGAAGCCUUCCUCGCGCCACAGAACUGGGAAAUCCAACGUUCCCCAGAUGCGUGGCUACAGGGCGCGACUCCAGGUCAUGGACAGGAACUUCGUCCUCAGCUUCAUCCACAUUUAAACCUUCCCAGCUCAAUGGUUCACGUGCCGAGAGUCAACCCUGGCGACUACGUCAGCUGGCAUUGCGACACAAUCCACGCUGUUGACUCCGUGCACGCUGGCAAGGGCGAUUCCAGCGUCAUGUAUAUUCCAGCCUGCCCGUUGACAGUAUCCAACGCUGAGUUUGUGGCUCGCCAGCGUCAGGCUUUUCUGGAAGGCACACCCAGUCCAGACUUCGGAGGCGGCAAGGGUGAGUCGGAACAUCUGGGCCGUCCUGGUGUGCAGGACGUCGAGAAGGUGAAUCCAGUUGAAGGAAUGAGAGCCUUCGGUUUGAAGGAAUGGGACAAUUCCGAGCCAGAUUUGACUGAGGGUCAGAAGAAGGUCAUGGACAGGGCCAACAAGGUGCUUGGAUUCUACGCAUGA